UUGUCCGUCUGUGCAGCCAGCAGUUGCCUGAAAAGGACAAGAAAGAAUAAGCAGACAGUUUGGGUAGAGCAAUACCAGCCAUACCACUCGCAAGAUACUGGGGGUUGCAUUGUUUUGUAUCCUAAUAAUACCGUUUUAAAAUGAAUAGACUGUCACCGCAAAAUAUUUUGGUAUGGUUGAUGAGGCAUAGUCCUUUAAAAACGAACUCUCUGUAUUCUUUGCAAGCAAUCGCCACAGGGACGCUGGUUCUUUUCAGAGAAACAUUGCAAACUGCUUUUGUGGGGUUGACCGUCACGUUGCCCACGUCAAUGAUGCAGUUUAGUGCAGUCCUUGCCUCAGUAUACAGAGCUAAAACCUCAGAAGCUGUACUUUAAGGAUUUUACAGUCGAGCAGACGAAACCUUCGUAGCUGAGUCUGAUCAUUUGGAGAAAAUAAAAUCCUUUGUUUUUGCAAUGUUGUGGCCUCCUGGAAGCCCAACCGGAUGACAUCACCACGCACAGAAACUGCACUAUACUGAGUGUGGACCACCAUCUGCUGAAAAUGUAUAUCUGGAUAUUGCAGAUCACCGUGUUGGCUGUUACAUCUCUGACUUUCAUAGAGAUGUAUGAUAAUUAUGGAGAAAUAUGUCAAAAUCUUUGUUCUUGUGAAGAGAAAGAUGAGAUAUUAACUGUGAGUUGCGAAAACAGAGGGAUAGUCAGACUUUCGGAAAUCAGUCCAAUACAUUUCUCAAUGUAUCAUCUUUUGUUAACUGGGAAUCUUUUAAAAAAACUGUCUCCAAAUGAUUUUAUCAAUUAUACUGGUGUUAUAAUUUUACAUUUAGGUAACAAUGAUAUACAAGAAGUUGAAACGGGAGCUUUUAAUGGACUUCAAGGAUUAAAGAGAUUGCAUCUCAACAAUAACAAGAUUGACAUUUUAAGGGAUGAUACCUUUGUUGGACUUGAAAGUUUGGAAUAUCUGCAGAUUGAUUAUAACUACAUCAGCAUCAUUGAACCCAAUGUCUGGAGCAAACUGCAUCAGCUGCAAGUGUUGAUCUUAAAUGAUAAUUUGUUGUCUAGUCUACCAAGUAACAUUUUUCGAUAUGUCCCUUUAACCCAUCUUGACCUGAGGGGAAACAGACUAAAAAUGUUGCCCUAUAUAGGCCUUUUGGAACACAUGGACAAAGUAGUGGAAUUACAGCUGGAAGAGAAUCUGUGGAAUUGUUCUUGUGAACUUAUUGCUUUGAAGGCUUGGCUGGAAAGCAUUUCCUACACCGCUCUUGUUGGAGAGGUUGUGUGUGAAACACCUUUCCGACUUCAUGGUAGAGAUCUGGAUGAGGUUUCAAAACAGGAACUCUGCCCUAGAAGAGCUAUUUCAGAAUAUGAAAUGAGACCACACUCACCUUUAAGCACUAUUGGAUAUUUUCAUACAACACCUGCUGCAGUGACGGCUUCAGCUACAUCAUCUGCAGUUUUAAGAUCUUCAUCAAAACCCACAAAGGGUACCCGUCAGUCAAACAAGCCAAGAAUGCGGCCCACGUCUCGGAUCCCAUCAAAAGACACGUAUAAUUAUGGACCAAUAAUUGCUUAUCAGACCAAAUCCCCAGUGCCUUUGGAGUGUCCUACUGCCUGCACGUGCAAUUUACAAAUUUCUGACCUGGGACUAAAUGUUAACUGCCAAGAAAGAAAGAUUGAAAACAUUGCUGAUUUAAAACCGAAACCAUACAAUCCUAAAAAGAUGUAUCUUACAGGAAAUUACAUCUCAGUGGUGCUUAGAUCUGACUUCAUAGACGCAACUGGAUUAGAUUUACUCCAUUUUGGUAACAAUCGGAUAGCCGUCAUACAAGACAGGGCUUUUGGGGAUUUAACUAAUUUGCGCAGGCUUUACUUAAAUGGCAAUUUAAUCGAGCGACUCACUGCAGAUAUGUUUUAUGGCCUUCAGAAUAUACAGUAUUUAUACUUAGAAUAUAAUGUUAUAAGAGAAAUUGUUUCAGGUACCUUUCAAUAUGUACCAAAUCUCCAGCUACUUUUUCUCAAUAACAAUCUUCUGAGAACUUUACCUGGAGACAUAUUUUCAGGUUUGACACUGGCCAGGCUUAAUCUUAGGAGUAACCAUUUCACAUAUCUACCAGUAAGUGGUGUGUUAGAUCAACUAAGAUCGCUAGUACAAAUUGAUUUAUAUGAAAAUCCCUGGGACUGUACAUGUGAUGUAGUGGGCAUGAAGAUUUGGCUGGAACAACUUAACCCAGGCACCGUUGUAAACAAUGUGAUAUGUGGGUCUCCAAAGAAAUUGUCUGGAGAGGAUAUGAUAUCCAUCAAGUCAGAUUUUCUUUGCCCUGAUUAUUCUGAUAUAAUAGUUUCAACUCCUCCUCCUUCUGCAGAACUAGUUCCAGAAAGAACCACCACAACAGAAACAUCUAUUAAGUAUAGUACACCACCAAGUUCUGUACCAUUGUCUGUUUUAAUUCUAAGCCUUCUAUUGAUUUUCAUCAUGUCAGUCUUUGUAGCUGCAGGACUUUUUGUGGUAGUAAUGAAGAAACGAAAAAAGUCUCAAAGCGACCGUACAAGCACCAACAAUUCAGAUGUAAGUUCUUUUAACCUCCAGUACAGUGUUUACAGCAACAGAUCAGUUCCCAAAGUAAAGACUCCUGGUGGGCAUGUGUAUGAAUACAUCCCUCAUCCACUGGGCCACAUGUGCAAAAAUCCAAUUUACCGAUCAAGAGAAGGGGAUUCUGUUGAGGAUUACAGAGAUCUACAUGAAUUAAAAGUUACUUACAGAAAUAACACUGAUGUGUUAGACAACCGUUUAAUAAGUCAGCCAUACAGUGUAAGUACCAUAGAACCGCGAGAAGAAUCUUCACCAGUGCAAGAUGCAGAACAUUUUUACAGAGGUAUUUUAGAGCCAGAGAAACAAGCACCUGGAAACAAUAUUGAAUAUAAGUACAGCGGUCCUGCUACAUAUACUUACACGCCAAACUGUGAUGUAAGGCGUCAAUAUUUGCAUCCAGAAAGGAUACGAGAAACUGUGCUGUAUACUACAACACCAAGUACUGUGUUUGUUGAACACAACAGAAAUGAGUAUCUGGAAUUAAAAGCGAAACUUCAAGUUGAGCCGGACUACCUCGAAGUUCUUGAGAAACAGACAACUUUCAGCCAAUUUUAA